AUGGGGGGCGAUAUGUUGCGGACAGAAGACCUGGGCUGGACUCCAGAAGAGGAGAAGCCGCAUAUAAACACGCUUGAGUUGCAGGCAGCCUACUUCGGCCUUUUGUCUGGCCUUCCGUUUGCCAGGGAUUGGCGCGAUGUAGAUGUAUUGAUGAAGGUGGACAACACCUCUACCAUCGCUUACAUCAAGAAACACGGGGCACCAUUAAUAUAG